AUGCCAGAAAACUACAUCAACCCAGCCCGUCCCAAAAUCCGCUUCUCCCUCCUCGAAUGCAUCGCCAUCGGUCUGGGAGCGGGCGCCGUCGGUGUUGCUGCUAUGACUCUCGGCGAAAAAGUCGAACAAGCACUAACCCACCGCCCCAACUCCUAUGUCCCCGGCAAAACGCUCGCUCGAUUAUUCAAUCUCGACUCGAACAAAUGGUCUCCAGACACUUUGAACUGGGCCAUGCAUUGGGGCCAAGGGAUCCUCGCGGCCGGCGUUCGGGGCCUGAUGAGCUAUUAUGGCAUCGUCGGCCCGUUUGGGAGUUAUUUGUUCAUGGGCGUGAGACUGUUGGUCGAUCAGAGUUUGGAGAAUUAUACUGGUGUUGGGGCUUUGCCUUGGACAUGGCCCGUCAACGAACAGAUCGUCGAUCUUCUUCAUAAAGCUGUCUACGCUGCUGUCACUGGGUACGUGGCGGACCGGCUUAUCUUGGGGAGCGCAUUGAAUGCUUGA